AUGGCGCAGCAAGAAAUUCAUCUGAACAGUGAAAGAUUCUGCUGUCAGAUCUGUAUGGAUCUAAUAAAGGAUCCGGUGACUACUGGCUGUGCACACAACUACUGUAUGAGUUGUAUUAACACCCACUGGGACAAUCAGGAUGACAGUGGAAUCUACAGCUGCCCCCUGUGUAGACAGACCUUCAAACCGAGGCCUGUUCUGGGGAUAAACACACUUUUAGCAUAUCUAGUGGAGAAGCUAACAAAGAGUGGACUCCAAGCUGCUCCUGCUGAUCACUGCCCUGCUGAACCUGAAGAUGUGGCCUGUGAUGUCUGCACUGGGAUCAAACUGAAAGCUCUCAAGUCCUGUUUGGUUUGUUUGGCCUCUUACUGUGAAAAACACCUCCAGCCUCAUUUUCAAUCGGCUCCUUUUAAGAAACACAUGCUGGUGGAGCCCUCCAAGCUCCAGGAAAACAUCUGCUCUCGUCACGAUGAGGUGAAGAAGAUUUUCUGCCGCACUGAUCAGCAGCUGAUCUGUUAUCUCUGCCAUGUGGAUGACCAUAAAGACCACGACAUAGUGUCAGCUGUAGCAGAAAGGACUGAGAGGCAGAGAGAGCUCGGGCUGAGGAGACAAACAAUCCAGAAGAGAAUCCAGGACAGAGAGAACAUUGUGAAGCAGCUCCAAAAGGAGCUGGAGGCCAUCAAUGGCUCUGCUGAUAAAGCAGCGGACAACAGUGAGAAGGUCUUCACUGAGCUGAUCCAGCUGGUGGAGAGAAGAAGCUCUGACGUGAGGCAGAAGAUCAGAACCCAGCAGCAAACUGAAGUGAGUCGAGUCCGAGAGCUUCAGAAGACACUGGAGCAGAAGCUCACUGAGCUGAAGAGGACAGACGAUGAAAUGAAGCAGCUCUCGGACACAGAGGAUCACAUUCAGUUUCUGCGCUUUUACCCCACACUGUCGAUACUCCGUCUAUCUACACACUCAUCCAGCAUCAGGAUCCGUCCCCUGAGGAACUUUGAGGAUGUGACAGCAGCUGUGGCACAGGUCAGGGAUCGACUAGAGGACAUUCUGACGGAGACAGGGACACAUAUUUUGCUGAUUGUGUGUCAAACUCCAGAGUUGCAAGAUCCAGAUCUGACAUUACUCGACUAG